AUGGCUUCAGCAUCACUCCAAGCAGCUGAUCUAUUCAGCGUAAAGGACCUCGUCGUUGUGGUGACCGGCGGAGGAACAGGCAUCGGUCUUAUGAUUGCCCAGGGACUGGAAGCCAACGGGGCUAUCGUAUACAUCAUUGGUCGGAGAAAGGAGGCCCUUGAGAACGCUGCAGGCACUGCGAAGCACGGCAAUAUUCGUACCAUUCAGGGCGACGUCACAUCGAAAUCAGACCUCGAAAAGGCUGUCGAGCAGAUCAAGUCGGCGCAUGGUUAUGUCAACGUCGUCAUUGCAAACUCCGGAAUUGGCGGGCCUGCUCUGAAGGGUAUACCUGCCAAUCCUUCGAUCUCUCAGUAUCGGGACUUUGUCUGGAACUGGGAUCCCAAGGACUUCACCGAGACCUUCGCGGUCAACGCCACCGGUGUCUUCUUCACCGUAGCCGCUUUCCUUGAACUCCUGGACGAGGGAAACAAGCGAAGCAACUUUAAGCAGAGGAGCCAAGUCAUCGCAACCAGCAGUGUUGGUGCAUUCAACCGCCAGCCCAUGGGUUUUGCGUACGGUGCGUCCAAGUCAGCGGUCGUCCACAUGUUCAAGCAGCUUUCAACCGUUCUGGUGCCGUUCAACAUCAGGGCCAACGUCAUCGCUCCUGGUUUCUAUCCUAGUGAGAUGACGACGGCCACUGUCGAGCAACACAAGGAGUCCGGGUGGCCGAAGUCUACAAUUCCAGAGGAGAGAGCUGGGGAUAUCGAGGAUAUGGUGGGUGCGGUGUUGUAUCUGGUCAGCAGGGCAGGAGCGUACACCAACGGUAACGUUCUUAUCACGGACGGUGGAAGACUUGCAGUUGUGCCAUCCUCUUACUAG